UGUGUGUUUAAAAAAAAAAAAAGGAGGGGUGGAAACCCCACCAGCCCGGGCUGCAGAAAAACAUAAAUGAAGUCUGCCUAUCUCGGCCGAGUCCCUCCCCUCGGCCCCCGCCAGACCCGAGUGACACAGGUGCCGCUUCCUCCCGCUGCCGCGCGUCAGGGCGGCCAGCGCGACCCUUGCCACUCCGAGGGAGCCCCCCUGGCGUCCUCCCGGGCCGGCGCCCGGCACGGUCUGCGAUGAGCGGUUCCAGCGGCACGCCGCCGCCGCCCGGACUAGAGCUCGACCCAGGGAAUGAUUCCACUAAGACAGACAUCGCCAUCAUCGCGGGUGUGAUUGCUGCUGUGGCCUUCGUCCUGAUCUGCCUCCUCCUCAUCAUGCUGCACUACAUGUACAGGCACAAAGGCACGUAUCACACCAAUGAGGCCAAGGGCACAGAGUUUGCCGAAAACGCCGACGCGGCCCUGCAGAGCGACCCUUCUCUCCAGGAUGCCGGGGACAACAGCAGGAAGGAGUACUUUAUCUGAGGGGUGCCAGGCCUGAGCUCCCCCAACACCUCCUCCUACUCUAAGAGAGAAAAAUGCACCCAAGCACCCCAACCCACUACCUGUACCACGAGGCGAAACUUGAGAGCACCCACCUGGUUCCAAGCCAUCACCCUGCCUGUGUGCUGACCCAGGGAGGAGGGAGGGAAAGAGUAGGACUCACAUAGCUCCUCUCCCAGAGCCCCCGGGGUCAAAUGACCACCUCAGAGGCCUUUGCUUUGCCAGAAAGAGAGAGAGGGUUUGGCUCUCCCAGGGCAGUGCAUUGGCGAGCAGCAGGGUGUGACCGCCUUGCAGAGAGGGAGCAGGGCAAUGGGCCUGGAGCACCUGGGAAGCAAGACAGGGAGUCAUCAGUACGUUGAUUGGGGAUAAGGGCAUCAAAUGUCAGUCCUUGACAUUUGGGGGGAAACAGCAGGUGCUGGAGCUAAAAAGGCACUUUUGUGUCCCAUUGAUCCAACUCAAAACAAUUGAAAAUAAAUUUGAAAUGUAAUCGAGCAUUCAGUCAAAUGACAUUGCUGCACUUGUCUGGGGAAAAGAUGGCUGAUGUCCAGGGCCGGCUUUUGUGGUUGCUGAUAGAGUUUGUGGAGGGAAGGGGAGAGGGAGGCUGGGAUCAACCACUUGGGCUCCAUUUGCCGAUUCUCAGAGAGCAGAAGGAGCACCAGAGCCUCACAUUAGGGAGAGACAAGCCAGUGACCCUCAUUCCUUUCCUCACACCAGCACUUGCUUCAAGAAAAACAACAGAACUUGUCUUGUUCCUUUAGAAAUACAUUGUCCCAGGGCAAACCAUGGGUCAAAGUGUUGAUUUUCUAUUCAUGGUAUUAGAAAAAUAAGGCCCUCUUAAACAAACUGAAUCCCUUCCCUUCCAUAAUGACAGGAAGUGAAGAUGACACCAUGGUUAAAAUGUAGACAGCAAGGUUCUGCUGCUUGAGUCUGUCCCAUGGACCCACCUUUCUUAGUAUUAAGACCUUGGGCUUGACCUCUAUGGCCUUAGUGAUCUUGAUUUUCAAGUGAAUAUGACUAAGAUACUAGUGGGUUUCAAGGCUGAUGACAGGAACCAAUAUGUCAAGUGCUAAAAGACAACUGUCUUCUGAUGCUAGUGUCCUAUACUCAGUGCGCAGUGUGUACAUUGAUAAAUGGAUGUUCCUCAUCACACCAUUUCUUAGUGCUUCAUGAUUAGUGGCCAUAAUUUGAAAUGAACUUGCUUACCAUCCUCUUUUAUGAGAUUCUGAGAUUUCCAGUAGCUUGGCCAUCCCGCCAGAGCCAGGAAUUUCAGGGUUCAUCACUCUUAAGACCACUUCAUUCAUACAUGACAGUCAGUGCGAAGGUCCCCAUCAUUCUUCCUAGAGAUGUUAUAAGUCCAAGAUAAGCAGGAAAUGACCACUUACCAAAGGGGCUUGAUGGCAUAAUGCCUGUCAGGUUAUUAUGGGUAAGUAUAGCAGAGAAGAAAAGAAACUGGUUAAAGAAGUUAGUGAAAAGGUGAGACAUUUUUUCCUGGGCAUCCCAAGCUCAUUGACCUUCUCGUGUAUAAAAAAGGGAUUUGGCUAUAUCCAUAUUUCCCAAACAGUGAUCUAGUAAACAUGAAUUUUUCAAAAUGACAGCCAAGAAUCCCAAACCAAAAGAAUGGUCUACAUAUGAAUCAUUGUGUAAAAUGACAUAUUACAUGAAGUCAAGCCAAUGCAAGACUUCUUGGUGUCAGUGUCAUUUUUAUUCAAAAUUGUGCAUGGAAUAGAGGAAGUAAUGCAACAUUUCCAACAUAUAUUUAAGCAGUGAUCCCAUUAUUUCCCAGAAUGCCUGCUACAAAUUUGAAAGCCAAGAGUUUCUGGGAACAUAUUUGGAAACCACAAAACUACUUCUCAUGUCUUUCCCACAGUGAUAUCACUUUGCUUUAUGAGACUAUGUGCGCAUGUGAUCAUGUCCUCAAAAUCUGUGAGAUCAGACCUCUGUUAAUGGGCACAAAGAAGACCCUCAGAGCCCACCAUAGACAUACCCUGAUUUCAAGGGUCAAGGGCAGGACAAGCCGAGGACCUGGGGACUGUCUUGCAUUGGUGCCUACAUGGGGAAGAGGAGUGUGGUCUGAUCCCUCCUCCCUCCUCUGUACAGACGGUGCUCUGAGAACUUGCCUCCCCCCACCCUCUCUCUCUCUCCCCUCUCUUUCCUGCCUACCCUAAUGUUCUGGAAACUGUGUUGAAGUUCAACAAACUCCUCAAUCCACAGGAUCUCCAGGCCAUGCCUGAAUCAGGUAUAGUGGCGACAUAGAAGUCACAGGGUUGGGUCUACCAUCGCGGCCCAGUGGAUAUGCCAGUGAGAAGAAAACUGCUUCAGGCUGGUAUCCAAUCUAUGGCACUUAAGAGAGGAGCCACUUGAUGAUGUGUAUGUGCAGAUCACACCCCUGCAUCGAGAAUUUGCUAUUAAGAAAAUAAACAGUGUCCCUUGGCUUUCCUUUUUUCUUGGA